AUGUGGGAUCGUCUGUUUCUCGCUCUCGCAAUUUUUCUCAACGCUGUUCGCGCGGAUAACGGCCCCUAUCAACAGUCCAAGGCCUACGAUAACGGUGACUUCGGAUCAUGGCCGACAGAAAAUUACCGUUCAACCCCGAUUCUCGGUCCUUCUGUAAAUUUUAUUGAGCAGAGUUCCAAGUGUGAUGAUGGCCAGUACAUCCUAAUUGCUCUCCGAGGAGAAAGUGUGGUAACUCCGGGCCCGACGAUCCUUGAUCAAAAUGGGCACCUCGUAUGGACCAAGCAUUAUGGGCAAAUCUAUAAUCUAGAUGUGUACGCAUACCAGGGAGAGGACUAUCUCACAUUCUGGGCGGGUGAUGACACUCUAGGGGGACAUGGUGAUGGAACAUAUUAUAUGCUAGAUUCAUCAUACAACGAAGCGUACAAGAUCCGCGGUCCGAACGGUCUUCCGGCAGACCUUCAUGAGUUUCACAUUACCCGCAAUGGGACAGCCGUCUUCACAGUCUAUGACAUUAUCUCAGCUGAUCUCCGACCCGUCGGUGGCCCUAAGAGGGGCUGGAUUUGGGACGGUACUUUUGUGGAAGUAGACAUUGAAACCGGGGAACUACUAUUUGAGUGGCACGCAUCGGAGCAUUUUGAUUUGACCGAAUUCACGCAAACUCGCGACAGCGUCGGCGACUCUUACGACCAUCCGUGGGAUUUCUUCCAUAUCAAUAGUGUCGACAAAGACGCCGAAGGCAACUUUUUGAUCUCUGCGCUCUACACCGAUCAUCUCACCUACAUUGACGGACAUACAGGCGAUAUCAUCUGGAGACUCGGAGGCAGCCACAGCAAUUUCAAGGAUCUCUCUGAUGGCGCCGCGUCAAACUUCACCUGGCAGCACCACGCCCGAUUCCAAGACAAUGAUGCCGCCAUCACCGUCUUUGACAAUGUCGCACGCGACAAGCAUCCAAUCAAACACAGCAGCCGUGGCCUCUACCUCGACAUUGACCAAACCAAAAUGACCGUCAAAAUCCGCCACGAAUAUUGGAACUCCCACCACGCCGUCACCCCGCAAACCCAAGGUUCCCUCCAACUCCUUGACAGCGGACACGUCUUCGUUGGCUACGGCCUCAACGCUGCCUGGACUGAAUUCACCAUCGACGGUAAGGAACUCUGCCACGUCCACUUUGGGCCCCAGUCCAGCUUCGGAACCGGGAGUCUCGCGUCAUAUCGCAUCGCGAAGCGCUCCUGGACCGGAUACCCACGUACAACCCCGGACUUCGAGAUCCAUGGCUACGAAGCCGCCGUGAGCUGGAAUGGCGCGACCGAAGUCACAACAUGGGUUCUGGAGGGCGCGAAUGCUGCAGUUCCUACCAAGAACAACGAACCCUCUGAUCACUUUGAGUUUCUGACUGCGCUCCCGAAAACUGGAUUCGAGACUAUAAUCUCCAUCCCCCCGCAUACGACACAGGCUUUCUUGCGUGUCAAGGCCGUAAACGCUGCAGGGUUCAUCCUAGGUACAACAGCUACAUUACCAUGGGACCCGACGUCCAGUGAGCUCAACCACAAGGACAUGAACGGCGGUCGCCAUAUCGCUCUACGCUCCACUCUCUUCUUCAUAUUCGGUUUCAUCAGCGCCUUUAUUUUUGCUGGCUCUAUACGAACCUUUAGACGGUGCCGCGCUCAACGUGCCGCGCGCCGACGCGGCGGCGGCGGCGGCGGCUGGAAGGCCAUCGACGGCCCCGAGGAGGACGAGGAGAGAGGACAUGCCGAUGAUACCGAGAGUGACAGCGACAGUGAUGGCAGUGAUAUUGAGUUCUCGUUAUUAGGGAAUCCCCGGUUAUCGCCGCGUCCUGGGUCCGUGGAUCCAGGGUAUGCGAGUGCGAGUGCGAGUGCGAAUGGAAGUCCGCAGCUUGGGGAUGGAACUGUGAAAAAAGAGGAUUAG